UAUCCUUUGAUUUGUAUUAAACUUGUCUUUAAAGUCACUUUUUAACUGUUGAUUAACUAUACAUUAAACAUGUAUUUCUGUAAACCUGAGAUGUUGGUCUUGAUGACAAUAAUAGUGAUCCAAAUGGUAGUCAAUAGCCAUUCGUCUCCAAUCGCACAAAGAUUUGUCGAUUACUUGCGUUCAACGGAUUUCAAUACUGAAGACAAUUUGUGCACAAAAGACCCAAACUAUCGGCAAAUGUGUGAGAAAUGUACGAAACUAUCGCGAAAUGAAUUCGUGUUCGCCUUAUGUUGUAUUAAUGACCAGGAAGUGGGCGAUUGGUGUCAAAAAUACAUCAAUUAUAGCAUCGAUUAGUCUCUAAUUGCACUGAAUUUAUGUAUUUAUCAAUUGUUUUCACCCGAAAUGUGAUCUUUUAUUUGUUUGCUUACAUAUUGUCGACAUGUUAUUACCAAUUAAUUACAAUUAUAUUUAAUGUGAUAUUUAUAUGACGAACAC